AGUGCUAUCGGGCGUAUGGAGGCAUGUGAUAAUUUAAGUGGAGCUGAUCUUUCUGCACUGAUGAAUGAAGCUGCAAUGGCUGCUUUGGAAGAGAAACUCACAUCAACUGGGAUCUCAGAGACUUCAUGGACAAUCAAGACAUUCCAUUUUGAGCGAGCACUGAGUAAAAUCUCACCCUCAGUCUCCGAUAAGCAAAAACAGUUCUACCGGGUAUUGUCAGAGAGCUUCAAAGCAGCUUGAGAAGAGACAAAUCCCCUUUGUUAUACCAUUAACAGGAGCUGUAAUUGAUGUCUGAUACUGAGAAUUGCAUUGCAAACAAGUCAUUCUCAACAUGAAGAUGGGUGUGAAUUGUUCAACUGUACUCUGUUUAUAUGCUUUUUUGGGCCUAAUAUUGAGUGUUGAAGGAAACUUGCUUCUCUCCUCAUGAGGGAAAAAAAUUUUGUUCCGGCACAUUUAAGAUUUUUGUUAGUGGUGUAAGUAGUUUGCAGAAAAUACAGUGGAGAAACAUGUAUUUAUCCAUUUUAAGAAAUGCAAGGGACUUAUUGUAUUAGUUCA